CACACCCGGACUAUCAAAUUUAAAAUUAUAGGGUAGGUGUUAUUUUUUUAAUUUAAAAAUGAGUGAGUGUAGACCACAAAUUUUUAAUCUGUUGAAGAAAAAAUCACAUUGAUAUAAUUAUAAAGAGCUAUAAUCAAUUUAAAAGUGUGUAUAUAAAGAAUAUAUGUGAUUGUAUAAAAAAAACACAUUAAAAAUGCCGACUGUACCCUUAUCACAACUUGUGGAUUUGGCGCUUGGUUCGCCUGAGGUUGGUGCUGUUAAUUUCAAUGUGCUUCACACUUUACUUCAUGCAAUGCUGGAGAAGCUUAACUUACAAGACGUAAAAGCAGAUAUUGAUGAACAUGACAGAGAACUUCUCUCAACACACCCAAGAGCUUUUUCUGCCAUUUCGCUUAUUAGUGCUGAUAGUGGCAAAGGAGAGGAUUCAUUUUCUGAAGACAACAGCUUUAGUGAGAAGUCAGCUUUCGAUAGAUCUAAACAUUCUACACGAAGCCCGUAUCACAAAUUGGAGGCUCAGGUGGCUAACUUAACAAAAAUGAUGAAUGAUUUGAGUAAACUUCCCAGUAAUGAAGAGCUUUUGAGUCGGACUCAAGGAAAGGAAUCAGAAAGACCUGUUUCAGACAUGUGGCAAGCAAUGCAGCUUAAAAAGAGAAUUGAGUCCAAUGAAGAAGGUGUUAGCAAGCUGAUGUCAUUGGUUGAAGACAUGAUGAAAGAGAUGAAGAACUUCAAGGACACACAGAAUGACAUAAUGAAGAAAAUAAAAGCAAUAAACUUAGACGAGGUCAACAGCAGAUUAAAUGCCAUUGAUGAUUUACUUAAAGAAUUAAACAACAAAUAUGCUGGAAUAGCAGAUAGAAUUUCAAAACUACCUCCUGAUUUAAAUGAGCAGUUGUCACUGUUUGUCACAUGGCCUGCACUAGAGGAUGCAUUGAAGGGAAUCCAGCAAGACUUUGCCAACCUUCAAGUUGCCCCUCAAGAAAGAGUUGUCAUAGAAUUAGGGACACAGACAGCAACUCCUGAGCCAAAAAGUCGACCAGUGUCUAGAGCGUCAUCUGCUGGUCCAAGUGCAGAGUUGCUUGAUCUGCUGGAGAAACUUGGGAAGUUGAGCAGCGCACACGAUGAGUUGAAUUUACGGAUAGACAAGCUUGAGGAAUUGAUUAACUUAAAAGCUGACAAAGCAGAUCUAGAGGGCAUAGGCAUAUCAUCUGAACUUAUGUCAACAUUAAAAGAUUUGGAGUCUGAAUUGAAUGCUUUUAGGGAAGGGCAUAUUAAGAAUGAAGCAGCUGUUCGUAGACUACAGGAGGCUUUACAAAAACUAAUGACAGAGGUUGAGCAUCUACAAAACUCAGUCCGCACACUUCAGGAGACUGAUCUGCAGAGAGAAUUAGAGAUUCAGAAUGUCAAGAAUGUGUGUGAUGGACUAAAAGAGACAAAGGCAGACAAGGAGUAUGUUGAUAUGGAAGUUAUUGAGAAAGCAGACAAACGACAGUUGGAGAGUAAAGUCAAUCACAGUCUUUUUGACAGUACAACCAAUGAGCUCAACAGAAUGAUAAGAGACAUUUUAGAAAAACUCAAUGGAAAAGAGGAGGAUUGGAGAUCUGCUUUGUCUAAGGCCAUGGAAGAGUUGGAUGGUAAACUGGACAGGAGAGAGUUGAACAGCCUCAGGUCUUGGCUGGAGGAGCAGCUCAAGGCACUCAACAACAAGAUGAAGGCAAUGGGAUCAGCAUGGCAAAUAGACGAGGAGGCAGCUGGCAUGAAAAAGCAACUUAUUCAACGCUUCCAUUGUCUUUCUUGUGAUAAGCCUUUAGAUGUCAUGCCCCAUCCACCCAUUUCAUCAAUACCAGCCAGUUAUGGUCUACCAAUGUCAAGGUCACCUGGACCAUACACAAGUCUACAGCUGGACCUGAUUCGCCAACAGGCUAAAAGCUUUGCUGGCAACAAUGAAUGGCCAGAUUACUACAGCACUGUCAGACAAUGUGGUGGUAGCCACACACUUACAUUGCCACAUAAACGCACAACCAAACUAAAUUUAAGUCAGUUACUGAAGGAAGAAGAGACAGUUGUUCCGUUGUACAAAGAGGAAGUUAAUAUACAAGGUGCAGAUGGGCAUGUUUAUAAAGGCAGGAUGGACUCAUCAAGACAGAACGCUAUGUUUCCUGGGUCUUUAACUGGACAGCACACCCAGCCAGCAUACAUGGAGGCCAAGCCAAAUCGUCCUGUAUCUGCAUUGCGCCCCAAAUCAGGUCGUCCAACAUCUUCAAGAUCAGCUCAGAAAAGUUCUUCUGAAACAGAGGAGCAGACUAAGAGACCAGGGACACCUCAAGACGUUCCAAAUGCUGAAGAGAGGAAUCAGCCUAUCGUUGACAUUACAAUAGAUGUGAAAUAAACAUUUUAUCCUGCACAUUUAAAGUCAAAUUUAUUUUCAUUGGACAUUUUACAAAGCUGCCUUAUAUGUACUCCGGCCAAAAUUUUAAAAUCUUUAUAUUUAUUUUUCUGCUGAAUUGUUGGGCUACAAGGGAUAUUUCUCAUUUUAAUAUUUUUAAAGUGCCUAUUGAUUUAUGUAAUGUUAUUAUGUCUGCAAAAAUUAUUAAGAGUAUAUAUUUUUACUACAGCACAAAUAUAAUAUGGCCCUAUUAGCCAAACAUGUUAAAUGAUUACUAUCUUGUUGUGCUUGAUUGUAAAGUUUUUAGCAUUUUCUUGUUGGAAUACAGUUUUUUUAUGAACUUUUAACACUUGUAAGAGUUUAAACUUCUUUCAAUGACCUUUUCUGCUUUUGACAUCAUUUACCAUUGACAGUAUAAUAAUGACAACAUAAUACUUGUAAAAAAUUCUACUUUUAAAUCUUGUAUUUGUAACAUUGUUCGAAUCUUCUACUAAUAACAUAUUCUACUUUCAAAUCUACUCAUUGUAACAUCUUUCAAAUCUACUACUUGUAACAUCUUUCAAAUAUUCUACUUGUAACAUUCUAUUUUCAAAUCUUUGACUUGUAACAUUCUAUUUUCAAAUCUUUGACUUGUAACAUUCUGCCUGAGACAUCCAAAACCACCUGUAGCUUCUGUCACUAGCUAGUGAAAGCGCCAUCUGUGAUAACUUGUGCCUGUGAUAUGAUAUUGUAUUCAUUCACCUCCUACACAUUUAACUUUCUUCAAGACUAUUUAUGCUCUGUUUGCUAGUUGUACAGUAUUAUUUGAUCUGUUUUUCAAAGUGG